AUGGCACGCUUUGUGGCGCUGGUGUUGCUGAGCUAUGCGGAGGCCCACUGCCUUUUCAGCAACAAGGAGAAGCUGAUGAGCUGCGCUCCCGGGUGCCUCUCCGCAGGCGGCGACAUGGCGGGCUGCAUCUCCGGGUGCAUGCAGUCCGGGGCACCGGCAGUGUCUGCGACCUGCAGCAACUGCCUGGGCGAAGGUUUCACCUGUGCCUACGACAACUGCGCCGGCGAGUGUUACCCCGGGCGCCCUGACUUCUACUCCGCGAAUUGCAUCGGCUGCAUCCAGGGCAACCGCUGCAAGACCUGCGCCACUGCGGCCAAGGGCGCCGUUUCCGCGAACCUCACCGAGGAGAUCUGGGCGCUGGCGGCUGCGCUGAACUUCACGCGCCCGGAGGCGGAGCAGGCGGAGCCUGCGGAGCCUGCGCUCAAGUCCGGCGGCUGCUAUGAGGACCAGGGCAAGCUGAAGACCUGCGGAACCCAGUGCUUCAGCAGGCCCAACCGCCAGCAGUGCGCCGCCAAAUGCCUCAGGAGCCAUGGCAUGAGCUCGGGCUGCGCCAAUUGCUUCGGCCACAAGGUGGACUGCACCAUCAAGAACUGCCUCUCCAAGUGCAUGUCCAACUCUCAAUCUGCGGCCUGCAAGAUGUGCGUGCACGCCUCCUGCGGACACUGCACUCAGGCCAAAUCCUCCUCUGCAGUCAUCGCGGCAGCGGUGGAAGCGUCAGCAUCGGCGGCGGAAUCGAAUGAGAUUUUGCCCUGA